AUGGAGCGCUCCGAUUCGUUCAAACCCACACCGUAUGGUGCGUUACUGAACAUUACCAACUCUACCGACUCGAAUUAUACAAAUGACACGUCGGAAAAAAGCGCAAGUCUUCUGGCACAGACAGGUGCGGCUGUCUUUUUAUCCAUUCUGACAUGCGCUACCGCUCUAUCCAACGCAUUCGUCAUUGCCACCAUAUACCAAUCCCAAAAACUGCACACACCAGCCAACCUUCUGAUCGGCUCUCUAGCUUUUACUGACCUUCUGGUGUCUGUAUUGGUGAUGCCAAUCAGUGCUGCAUAUACAGUGACUCAAACUUGGACCCUUGGCCAGGUUGUAUGUGACAUUUGGUUGUCUUCAGACAUCACCUGCUGCACAGCGUCCAUCCUUCACUUGUGUGUAAUUGCUCUUGAUCGCUAUUGGGCCAUCACAGAUGCUGUCGGCUACUCGGCUAAACGGACACGUGCUCGUGCCGCCGCUAUGAUUGCUGGUGCUUGGGUGAUUGCCAUUUCUAUUUCACUGCCACCCUUCUUCUGGAGACAGAUCAAGGCAGAUGAAGAGGUCACUAGCUGCCAUGUCAAUCAAGACCACGUCUUCUAUACUAUCUACUCAACCUUCGGAGCUUUCUACAUCCCCACCCUGCUCCUGGUGGUGCUCUAUGGUAGGAUAUACGUUGAAGCUAGGAAGCGAAUCUUGAAACAGUCACCCAAAAAAAAGGGGAAAAGACUCACCUCGGCCCAGCUGAUCACACACUCGCCAGGAUCGGUGGCAUCCACUACGUCGCUGACAUAUGGCACCGCUGAGCUGGUGUCAUAUGACGGGACAACAUCAGUCCCAGCUAACAGCCAGGUGAAGGUCACCAUGUCGGACGCGCUCCUGGAGAAGAAGCGGAUUUCUGCUGCACGGGAAAGGAAGGCGACCAAAACUUUAGGGAUUAUACUGGGGGCUUAUAUUAUUUGCUGGCUGCCGUUCUUUAUCUACACAUUGCUUGUGUCUAUCUGCACAACAUGCACAUUUUAUCUAGAGUUAUUUGACUUGUUCACAUGGCUCGGCUACCUGAACUCGCUUAUCAAUCCUAUUAUUUACACCAUGUCCAAUGAGGACUUUAAGCAGGCCUUCCAUAAACUUAUACGCUUCAACUGCUGUAGAGCUUCAUAA